AUGGCUCAAAAGAUUAAACACAAGCCAAAGCCAAACUAUGAUCGGAAAGCAAAGCACCCGGACUAUGUCCAAUUUCGGUGCAAUGCCUAUGCUUUCAACAACAUCAUUAGAGACAUAAAGGACAAGCUCAAUGAAAGGCAGAAGAAGCUUCUCAAGAAAACCCCUUUCUUGAACUUGAUCGAGCUGUUUUACCACCAAAGAAUCGACAUGAAUAACAUGAAUAAGUCGGACCUGGACUUAGUACAGCUGCUCAAGACAUUUGAUCCGGAUACAAAGUCCUUCAAAUUUGGAACCAAAUCAUUCCAAAUCACAGGCAAUGCAGUGACACAGAUUCUAGGACUGCCAAAUGAAGGUCUGCAACAAUCAAGUGAUGAAGAUGAAGGACAAAAAAAGCCAACAAAGAAAAAACUUGGAUGGGGUCAGAGGAAGGUGUGGCAGAAAAUUCCAAAGGCGGAUAGGGAAAGAAUUGAAAAACACUACUUAAGUACUCAACCUCGUGAUAUCUUUUGGGCAGGACUCAAUAGUGAGAAAGUGACAAACCAUGAUCUCAAAGAUAUUGUAUGGGACCUGGAACUGUCACAAAACGUUAUUGAGGCCUAUAUCCAAAUAGAGGAGGAUAAAAUAGAGCCCAUGCAGACAGAGAGUCCCCAGUACAUGUCCACAUGGACUUGGGCUUACAUGCAAAGCUUCCAAGAGCCAUUUUGGCACAGGGCCCUGUAUGAACACUUACUUGAAAAACUCGGGAAAUGCAGUGUUCUUUUCUUCCCGAUUAUUUCAAAAGAAGAGUUCCACUUCACACUUCUCACAUUUCACAAAAAUGAACGAAAGUGGAGACACUACAAUCCACUUAGAUCGUUGGGACAUAGAAAAGAAGAAAGGUGCAUUGACAUUGCUCGAAACUUUGUUAAUAUUGUUGAAGGGUGGCUAGAAUAUAUAAGACCUCAAGCACGAGUGUUCAUAGAAACUAAAAAAAAACCAACACUUGUGAAGCAAAAGGAAGGGCUCCCGACACUUGUACAAAAAGAUUUGACUCCAACUGAAGAACUCACUCUCAAUUGGAUUAUGCAAAAUCCAUUGCAGUUUCCAUUUGAGGAUGACAUGGAAUGUGCUCAACAAAGUGUAUCUUCAUUGGAUUGCGGCAUGUUCGUCAUGUUCUAUAUGGAUAAAAUAGCACAAGGACAGCCCAUUCCAAAAAGCGUGGACAAGAAAUUCAUGAAUGAAUAUCGAGCACAAUAUGUCACAAAACUCCUACACCACAAAAACUGUGUAAUUAAUCCUCUCUAGUGAUUUGCCUUUCGUUAACUCAAGACAAUAUGUAUCUUAAUUCUUGUGGAUGUUUGUAAAUAUUUCUAGUUAUGGUAUAUGAGAACAUAUUUCCUAUACA